AUUGGGACAAGGGAGCCGGACCGACAUGGAACAGAGGCCUGGGGAACAGUCCUCAAGGGCCCCAAAGAAAAAGGUCGAGACACAGCCAGGGACCCUGAAUGAAUCUAUCUCUGGCCGCGGUCGGGUGCUGCUAAUAAGAGAGUUCUUAAAGCAGGAGGAGAGUUACACGACCCUGCAGAACUUUCCGGGUCAGCCUCCAAAGGAUCCGAACUCUGAGCCUGCCUACAACAUCCAAACAGACUGCGAAAGUAGUUCUAGCAAUGGCAGGCGGGGACUCAAGCGCCCUGGCGACAGCUUGGAAGACAACCCCGAAGCCCCGGCCGCCAAGUCCAAGCGCUGGGCGGAGAAGCCGGAGAAGCCCGAGGAGCCGAGGCUCUCAGGUCUUAAGGAAAAGGACUUGCCCGCUUGCGAGGCGGCUGAGAUCGCCGAGCUCCACUCGGAGCCCGGCAAGCAGCUGCUCCUGGUGCUGUGCCACGCGUCCGCGCUGGGCACACAGCUGCCCCGGCUUCAGCUCCUCCUGCAGAAGGUGCGCUUCCAGGACCGCCGCCCGCCAGCCGCGCUCGUCGGGAUCCUGGUGCAACCGCGGCCGGGUGAGGAGGCCGAGUCGCGCCGCCGUCUGGAGGACCUGCUAUGCAGCGUCUUCGCUUCAGAGAACCCAGCGGUCGAGGUGCACACAGCAGUGUUCUGUCCCAGCCGCCCCCAGGGGGUCCUGGACGUCCAGCGCGCUGCCAGCCAAGCGCACAUGGUCCCCCUAGUGGAUCGCCAGACCCAGACGGACGAAAACCUUCAAGGAAACACUGCACUCCCCGGUACUCACGUGCUUCAAAUUCUCGGAACUGUUGCUGUGGCUCUGGGGGCCCUGGGAGCUGCUUACUUCAUCGCUGAAGCCUUGUAAACUGGACCCCAGGCCCACGGUCCGGAAGAUCCAGUUUCCAUCAAAGGAUCUCACUUGUCACCAAAAUAGAGAGAGAAAAAUAUCUUGUCUCUUUUCUUUAUUUUAUUUUAUUUUAUUGAGACAAAGACUUACUAUAUAGCCCAGGCUAGCCUUAAAGUCACAAUCUUCCU